AUGUUUACGCUGGCGUCCGAGGGCUAUGCCGUCGUCCCGGCCUUUGCCGCUCCCGAGGAGACCCAGGCGCUGAUGGACGAGUUUGCGCGGCUGGUGACUGUCUUUGACCCGGCGAGCCAUCCCACGACCCGAUUCUCCACCACGGAUCACUCGCAUGGCUCGGAAGACUACUUUUUGGGCUCGGGCGACAAGAUCCGCUACUUUUUCGAAGAGGGCGCAGAGAUCGGGCCCGAGGCCGACCCGGCUACCGUGCGGGCGAGCAUCAACAAGAUCGGUCACGCGCUGCACGAUCUCAACCCGGUCUUUACUCGCUUCUCUUUCUCACAGGCUGUGCGCGAGGUCCUGGGCCACACCCAGCUCGACGACCCAGUCCUUGUUCAGUCGAUGUACAUCGUCAAGCCGCCGCGGAUCGGCGGUGUCGUUGCCCCGCACCAGGAUGCCUCCUUCCUCAUCGAUGAGCCACAGACGGUGACUGGCCUCUGGUUCGCGCUUGAGGACGCAACGGUCGACAACGGCUGCCUGUGGGUCCUCCCGGGCUCGCACCGCGACCCGCUCCAUGCCCGCUUUGCCCGAAAGGCCAACAACCCGCAGGCGACGGCCAUGGAUGGCGACUUCCCACCGUUUGAUGAGGAGACGUACACACCGCUGGAGGUCCAGGCCGGCUCGCUUGUUCUACUCCACGGAUCGGUGCUCCACGCAUCCAAGGCUAAUACCUCGUCGCGCUCUCGCCACGCCUACACCCUCCACUUCAAGUCCCGGGCCUCGACCUGGUCGCCCGACAACUGGCUCCAAUCGCCCGAUCGCCCCUUCCACGGCUGGGAGAGCAUGCCGCACUCUUUGUAG